CAGAGGACGGCGGCUGCUGCGGGAACCGCCGCGCCUGGGAGCCGGUGAUCUGCGCCUGGGGCAAAGGGAAGCGGAGCCUGCCUGGAGGGAGCGGCCGGGCCGGGCCGGUUCUCCGCGCGCCCCAUGGGCACCUCCGGCAAAGUUAUAAAAUGCAAGGCUGCCGUUGCCUGGGAAGUGGAUAAACCACUCUCUAUUGAGGAGGUAGAGGUUGCACCUCCGAAAGCCCAUGAAGUUCGUGUUAAGAUAGUGGCCACAGGGAUCUGUCGGACAGAUGACUAUGUUCUGAAAGGUUCUUUUCCAAAUAUAGAUUACCCAGUUAUUCCUGGCCACGAAGGAGCUGGGAUUGUGGAGAGUAUUGGAGAAGGAGUGACAUGUGUGAAACCAGGAGAAAAAGUCAUCCCUCUGUGUCUUCCCCAAUGUGGGGAAUGCAGCUCCUGUUUGAAUCCUGACACCAACUGUUGCCUGAAGAUACACCUCUAUGAAUCCCAGAACCUCAUGCCGGACAAGACCAGCAGAUUCACCUGCAAAGGGAAACCAAUUCAUCAUUUCCUGUGGAUCAGCACCUUCUCAGAAUACACAGUUAUGCCUGAUUCUGCCAUUGCAAGAAUUGAUGAUGAUGCUCCUCUGGAUAAAGUCUGUCUGUUUGGCUGUGGAUUUUCCACUGGUUAUGGUGCUGCCAUCAAUACUGCCAAGGUUAAACCUGGUUCAACUUGUGCCAUCUUUGGUUUGGGAGAAGUUGGCCUCUCUGUUGUUAUUGGCUGUAAAUCAGCUGGUGCUUCCCGGAUCAUUGGGAUCCACAUCAACAAAGAUAAAUUUACCAAGGCUAGAGAGUUAGGCACCACUGACUGCAUCAACCCUCAGGACUUCCUGAAACCUAUUCAAGAGGUGCUGGUUGAGAUGACUGGCUGUGGUGUGGACUAUUCCUUUGAAGUUAUUGGACACACAGAUACUAUGGUAGCUGCCCUGGCAUCCUGCCACAUGGGCUCUGGCACCUGUGUGAUGGUUGGAGAACCUCCUUUAGGAUCACAGCUAUCCUUUGACCCUAUGCUGCUGUUUACUGGACGUACCUGGAAAGGGAGUAUUGUUGGAGGUUGGAAGACCAAGGAUUCUAUCCCCAAAUUAGUGUCUGGUUAUAUGGAGAAGAAAUUUAAUCCAGAUGUGCUAAUAACACACACUUUACCAUUUGAUAAAAUCAAUGAAGGAUUUGAAUUGUUACAGUCAGGAAAGAGCAUUCGCAGCAUCCUUCUCUAUUAAGGUUCCACUUCUCAGACCAGUGGGAUGGGAUUAAAGACCUUUUUAUUAAAAUCAA